AUGAUGGGGAGCCAGAACUGCCACGCCGAGAUCUCCUUCCAAGAUAACGCCAAAUGGCUUGCACGUUUUCGCCUUGUCAGGAGCUCAUCACCACCUGGGAUUGUCCGUGAUUGGAUCCUACGAAGCGAAGCUGCCACUAUGACUUACUUGCAACGGCAUACCUCCAUUCGUACACCCAGAAUCUUCGAUUGGGUAUGCGAAUUGGAUCCGGAGAACCCGAUUGGAGUUGGCUAUAUUCUGAUGGAAACGCUGGAUGGAAAGCCCUUGGAUUGGCAGGCAGCAACUCCAGUGCAGAGGGAGAAGAUUAUGCAACAGCUGGUUGAUAUGUUCCUCGAAAUUGAGAAGCAUCCCUUCAAUAUAUAUAUAGGAUCACUCGUCUCGGUGGGAGAUACCAUGGACGUUCAAGGUCUGGCACAUCACUCAACAUUUGGAGUCGGAGAGGGUCCGCUCGGUCCCUUCUUUUCCUCGCUAGAGGGAUCACAAGCUCUUCUCAAAUCCUACCUCGCAAUGAUAGCCAGCGGCGAGAUUGAUACCCGCUAUCCGGUAGACACUUACCUCGCCCAUCGCUUCCGCCUGGAUAUUACUACCGGCCUCUGGGAACACGUACCAUUAGGCGGCAAGUUCUUCCUCAAGCACCCAGACGAUAAGGGGGAGCAGCUAUAA